AUGCAGCCGCUCCCGUCUCCUGACAGGGAGCUGUCAGCGACGCGGCCGACGGGGCAAACCCCGCAGCCGGAGGACGAGAACACUCCUCAAAAGCGCGUAGACAAGAUCUUCGACCAAAUGGACAAGAACCACGACGACCGCCUGACUCUUGAGGAGUUUCGCGAAGGCAAAUUAUCAACGGGAAGGAGUCGUGCCGAACCGCCGAGCAGGUCUGUUCAUAAAUCUUCAUUGCGUUCCGAUGACACGCCGCGACACGUCUCGCUACCGCGCUACCAGCGGCUGCAGCUGCCACAAAGUCCUAAAUCACAGCCCAGACGGAGUUGGCGCGACGAACUGGACGCAUUUGUGAGUGAUUGGUCCGGUAAAGCCCACGACAGGAAGGAGUGGAAGAAAUGGAAGGAGUCCUUUGCCCAACAGUGGGACACUAAUGGC